UUGUCGUUGGCGGUCAGCACGAUAACACCGAUGGUCACGUGCGUAAGCGUCCCAUCGCGGAAACGAAGUCGAGCCCUUGAAACCCGCUGCACCCAGGCACAUCUCAUCCGAGAUUCCUGCCAGUUGUGCUUCAAUCAGCUGUCCAUCACUCACUCCCAUGUGCCUCGGUUCGCAGGACACGAGUAUGCCGCAUCAAUCUGCACCAGCCUAUAUCCCCCCUCCGGCGCUGGCGGCAGUUCCUCCCAAGACCACUCCUACCAAGUCGGCUGUAAGGGCUCUGCCAACAGUUAGAGACCAUACGACCGACCAGCUCAACGAGACCAGCGACGAAUAUAUUCCGCGUGGAAUCGAUGAGCUUGGCGAGAAGAAGGUCAUGUCAAAUGGGGUGCUCCUUGGAGGUCGUACUUAUCGGUGCCGCACCUUUCUGGUCCCCAACCGCGGAGACAAACUCUUCAUGCUUGCGGCCGAGUGCGCUAGGAUAUUGUCAUACAGAGACUCCUACCUUCUCUUCAACAAAAACAGGUCGCUCUACAAAAUCUUUGCCAGCCAAGCUGAGAAGGACGACCUUUUUGAAAAGGAGAUUAUACCAUUUUCUCACUGCUCGAGGCAGGUUGCGAUCGUCACAGCAAGGUCUAUGUUUCGCCAAUUCGGCAGUAAGGUUGUCGAGGGCGGCUGCAGGGUUCGGGACGAUUAUUGGGAGCAACACGCCCGGAUGCAAGGUUUCACCGAGACCGAUCUCGCGGGAGAGAAGCGGCCAGGAGCUGUUAAAGACAGGGAAGCCGUCGAGGGGCAGACUAACGGAUCAUGUAAAGAGCGAUGUAUUCGGGCGCAGUGAAAGCAGGUCAUGUCUGAAGGGUUCAAAAUAUCAACUGUCUUUGAUUUUCUUUUCUCGCUCCGGAAUACUGUCCG